AACACGCAUGGAACUCUGGUGCCUCUUCCAACUGUCCCGCGUGCCGGUGGCCAAGCCGAGCUCGAGGCUCGAACAUCUUUUGACCGUUUGUAGCCGCGUUUUCGCGACAAACGCAGAAAAGUUAUUUAAAAAACAAAAGUAAACGACUCGAUUUCACGUACAACUCGACCGUGCAGCCGACGCGUUGGAUAAGGCAAUCUCCUUCGUUAUUUUGCCUCUUUUUCUUAAAUAGAUUGACAGUAACGGGCUUAAAAAGAUUCACUUCUAGGCUUUAAAGAUGUCAGAGGAACUCGAGCGACUUCUCUUACAGCUGACACAGCCUGACAAUGCCGCUAUCCAGCAGGCCACCGCCCAGCUGAAGCAGGCUUGCAAAGACCCAGCCGUGGUACCGGCCCUGUGUGCUGUCUUGAGCGGCUCCCAAAACCCCCUGAUUCGUCAGACAGCGACGGUGACGUUAAGGCUCAAAGUGAAGAAGCACUGGAAGAAGAUCAACUCCAAUAAUAGAGAGAGCCUCAAAGCAGUGGUUUUGCAAGCCUUCAUGCAGGAAACCGAUCACACUGUGCAGCAUGCACUCUCCCAGCUGUGUGCAGUCAUGGUCAAACACGAAACACCCGACCGCUGGCCUGCCCUGCUGCAGCUUCUAAGUCAGGCCACUAAGAGCACAAACCCUCAUGACAGACAGGUUGGCCUCUUGCUGUUGAAUAAGGUGGUAGAGUCCAACCCCACAUCCUUCCAGCCUCACUACUGCGAGCUGCUGCAGCUGCUCAGUACCGCCCUGCAGGACCACAACAACCCCACAGCGCUCUAUUACUGCAUCCUCACCCUGAUCGGGAUUACGGCUUUCAUUGGUACUGAAGAAAUGAAACAAAUGCGUUCUAUUAUCCCAGGCCUUAUUGUUGCUCUCAAACACCUCAUCAAGGCCAAUGAGGAUCAAGCCACUGAAGCCAUGGAGGUGUUUAUUGAGCUGAUGGAGAUUGAAGUAUCCGUCAUUGUCCCUCACAUUGCCGACAUCGUCCACUUUUGCCUUGAGGUGGCCAGUGACACAACACUGAGCGACGCUCUGCGAGUCAAAGCCCUUUCUUGCAUCACCUUCCUGAUCAAGCUGAGGAGUAAGUCUGUGCUGAAGCUGAAGCUGCUGGGCCCCAUUCUCAAAGCUCUUUUCCCAAUCCUGACUGCAGCCCCCCCACCGGGUGAGCACGACCCUGAAGAUGAGGAGGAUGGCGACAGCGAUGACACCACAGACAAUGCUAAUCCCAAACACUGUUCUGCUCAGGUGAUUGACACCAUGGCUCUCCACAUGCCUCCAGAGAAACUCUUCCACCACCUGAUACCCCUCACUCAAGCCUGCCUUUCCAGUGAAAACCCCUACCAAAAGAAGGGGGGUCUGAUGUGUCUGGCUGUGCUGGCUGAGGGAUGUGCUGACCACAUCCGAACCAACAUGCUCUCCUCUGUACUCCAGACUGUCUGCCGGUGUCUGUCAGACAGCAGUCAAGUGGUUCGUAGUGCUGCUCUGUUUGCUCUCGGGCAGUUCUCCGAACACCUGCAGCCUGAAGUGAGUAAAUACUGUUCGGAGUUGAUGCCGUUGCUCUUGGGUUACCUCUCUUCGCUGAAUGAGGAGAAGGUUGGACACGUUACCAGAGCCUUCUAUGCUCUAGAGAACUUCAUGGAGAAUCUGGGAGCUGAUAUUGAGCCUUACCUUCCUACUUUGAUGGAGACAAUGCUGUCUACUCUUAACAAUACCAACAAGCUCAAGAUUAAAGAGCUGGUCGUGUCAGCUUUGGGCGCCAUAGCCAAUGCUGCCAAAGAGUUGCUGGUUCCCUAUUUUCCCCCAAUCAUUGAAAGCCUGAAGGGUUUCCUGACUGCCACCACAGAAGAGAUGAGGCCCCUUCAAACUCAGUCUUUGGAUACUCUGUCUGUUCUGGCACGCACCGUCGGCAAAGAUGUCUUCAGUCCCCUCGCUGCAGAGUGCAUCCAGCUGGGCAUGAACCUCACCGAUGCCAUCGAUGACCCCGACCUGAGGCGAUGCACGUACAGUCUGUAUUCUGCUGUAUCCACCAUCUGCCCUGAAUCCAUAACUCCCCAUCUGACCGCCAUCACCACCGUGAUGCUGCUCGCCCUGAAGUCCACCGAGGGCGUCACGCCACACCUUGAAGAGGACAAGAACUUUGUUCUGCUGGAUGACGACGAUGAUGAAGAUGACACAGAAGAGGAGAAAGACGUUGAAGACCUUUCAGAGCCAAAAACUGACGUUGUGGAUGCUACAGGGUUUAAUGUGGAAAAUGCGUACAUGGACGAGAAGGAGGACGCUUGCGAAGCGCUGGGAGAGAUUGCUUUCAGCACUGGAGUUGCCUUCCAGCCCUUCUUAGAGUCCAGCUUCCAGCAGGUUUAUGAGCUGAGAGAUUUCCCCCACGAGGACAUCCGCAGGGCCGCGCUGGGGGCAUUGGGGCAGUUUUGUCGAGCUCAGCACAAAGUGUGGACAGAAAAUCCCUCUGAGGCCAACCACCAGGCCCUCUUGAAAUUACUGAAUGUAGUGAUUCCUUGCUUUGUGGAAACGGUGCGAGCAGACUUGGAGCGCCAGGUUGUGAUGGGAGUCCUGGAAUCCAUGAACGAUGUCAUCAAAUCCUGCAAGGGGGAGGUUUUUAAAAACCCUUCCUACCUGAAAGAGAUCUGCGGCGUCAUUCGGGAGGUCCUCACAAAGAAGACUCCUUGUCAGGGAUGUGAUCCUGAUGACAUUGAUGAUGAAGACCAACAGGCUGAGUUUGAUGCCAUGCUGCAGGAGUUUGCAGGGGAGGGGAUUCCAUUACUGGCUUCUUCAGUUCCUGCCGACCAGUUUGCUCCUUUUCUCAAUGAUCUGCUCCCUCUCAUCAUGAGCAAAGCUAAAUCCUCAUGCACUGUGGCGGACCGGAGUUUUUCGAUCGGCACCAUCGGGGAAAUCCUCCACGCUCUCUCGAGUGCACCUGGAGGUCGAGGCGUGGCGGGCCGACUGUCCAACCGCUUGCUUCCUGUUCUGGUGGCUGGGGUGAAGGACAGCGAUGCUGAGGUUCGCAACAACAGCGUGUUUGCUCUGGGAUGCCUGGCUGAGGCGGCUGGACCCAUCGUCGUGUCAGACUACCCCACCAUGCUGUCAGUGUUUUCUAACAUGCUGGUGAAGGAGUCCGAUCGGAGGGUUAUUGAUAACCUGUGCGGCGCCCUCUGCAGGAUGAUAAUGAGCAACAUCAGUGCUGUUCCUCUGAAGCAGGUUCUGCCGGCUCUGGUUGACCGUCUGCCUCUCCAAGAGGAUAUGGAGGAGUAUAAGACGGUCUUCAAGUGCCUGAUUAUGCUCUACAAACACAGUCCUGACAUGAUUGUGGAGUUAAUGAAGCCCAUAGUUGCUGCUUCCAGUCAUGCUGCUGGCCACAAAGAUGUGGAUGAAGAAACAAAAAGCAUGUUGGUUGUGCUGAUCAAAGAGUUUGCCCAGAACCACAGUGCAGCCUUCCAAGCAGCAACGGCCUUCCUUCCUGCAGAGCAGCAGACCAAACUCGGCGCAGCCGUCAGUGCCUCAUAGCCCCAACACACCCCUCCCCUCAACGCCGCCGCCAGCCGUGACGGUGGGAAACAAAGCGUUCAAAUUCAGCAUUUUAACAAACGAUCUGAGCAGCGUUUCCAUUAAAGUUCAUACACUCAUCAGUUCUGGCUCUCAGUAUUAUAAUUUAUAUUCUUUAAAUGUUCAGUUUUUGUUGAUAUUUCAUUAUUUUUAAUAGUUCUAUAUUUUGCUGUGAAGUUUGUAACAGCCACUUAAUGUUGGAGUGAACAUCUGGAUCUACUGAAAUGUUUUCUAAUUCUAAACAUCUUUGAAUUUUAUGUUUCUGCCACUGUUUGGAGUGUUUUGAGUUCUAACAAAUGUUGCUCUGACUCACUGAAAUAGAAAAUACUGUUUAUUUAAAACUCUUUUCCCACUCAAAAAGACAAAAAGGAGCUCAGCAACACAUAGACAAACAUCUAUUAAAAUAAAACAUAUAGACAGGCUUGAACAUGAAUUAUAUUAUUAAAGUUUAUAUAAAAGCAGGUAAUAUUUUUCAGGUUUGUUUAAUGUUUCUUUGACACAUUUUAAAUGUUUCUUCACUUAAUUGUACAAAAGAAAAUGACAAUGUGGAGGCCAUGAAUAAAUACAGACUUCAAGCUUG